AUGCAGCCACAAAGCUGGGUGAGUGAGCGGUUCAAGGCGAUUGGAAUCGUGGUGAACCCUGAGGAGCAGAAAUUGGGUCGAGCCGAGCGUCACCUGCUGGAAACGUAUAACGGCCAGCCGAUUCUCACGCGGCCUCAACAUCAAUUCUACCGCGGGGACGGAUACUUUGAAGUCGACGUGAACGCGCACGACUUCAACUACAUCGCCCGCAAAGGCCUGGUUGGUGUCUCCGACCACGCUUGUAACAUGAUUCUGGACUUCGGCUUUGUGCUAGAGGGUCAAGAGGACCACGAGCUGCCCGAGCAAAUUUUAGGCAGCGUGCGGCUCUGCAAAGUCGACGUGCGCCAAGCCCCCAGUCUCUCAUAG